AUGACCAGGUAUUGGGCGGUGAAUCGUGCUGCAGCUGAUGAAGUUGGUGGCGUCCAACAGAAACGACAGUUUUCUCAAAAAGUUAUGGUUUGGUUGAGUGCAUGUUCAAAGGCGAUUACUCCAUUGGUCAUCUUGUAUGGAAACAAGGUCGGUAACGAUUGGACAUUUCAGCAAGGUGGAGCGAGGCCUCAUAUUCAUCAUUUAACGCAACAAUGA